CACUCCAAGCUGCUUUUGGUGAACGCACACUACUCGAUCGAUUUUCCCGAAUCCUCUCCACCGAACCUCAUCCCCGUCGGUGGGUUACAGAUCCGGGACCCGGAACCGCUACCCACCGAUCUGGAACAGUUUGUAAAUGCCAGCCGGAAGGGUGCGGUUCUGUUCUCGCUCGGCACCAAUAUUCGCAGCGAUCAACUCGGUGAAGCGCGGCAGCGUAUGAUCAUCGAGGCGCUUGGUCAGCUGCCCGAAUAUCACUUUCUGUGGAAGUUCGAGACCGACCUUCAGCUCAACCUACCAUCGAAUGUUAUGGUGCGGAAGUGGUUUCCACAGAACGACAUUCUAGCCCACCGUAAGACCAAAGCGUUCGUGACGCACGCUGGACUGCUGAGCACACACGAAGCCACGUGGUACGGUGUACCAAUCGUGGGCAUUCCGUUCAUUGCCGAUCAACACCGGAAUCUAGAACGCUGCGUUCGUAAAGGCGUGGCACGGCGUGUCAUCUUCCAAACCAUGAGCAGCGACAAGCUGAAGCAGGCCUUGCAGGACGUAUUGGAGGAUCCCAAGUAUCGCACCCGCAUGGCGGCGCAGUCGGCACUGUUUCGCGAUCAGCCCGAGAAACCGUUGGCACGCGCCGUCUGGUGGAUCGAGUGGGUCCUGCGUCACCCGAACGCGACGGAGCUGGAGUCGCCCGUGCUGAAGCUGGGAUUUCUCAGAACGAAUCUGGUCGACGUAGGCCUCUUUCUGCUAUGUAUUCCGCUCGUUGGUGUGCUCGUGUUUAUGAGACUCGUGCUGCGAAGGGCAAGGCGACCGACG